UACGCAAAAAUCACGUACGCCGCAAAACAGCGAUAGCAUUCGGAGCAUUCUAUGGAAAGAAAUAUACAUACACAUAUGUACAUGGGUAAGAGGCUACGUAAAAUCAGGUACGCCACAAAAUAUCACAUCGAUAGCAUUUGGAGAGAAUCGGUAAGUCCGUUUUUUAUUCUUUUCUAUUUAAUGGACGAAAGAAUGUUCGAGACGACGCGACAGCUCAUUGGAAAAAACCCAAUGAUGCAGCUGCAAAACAAACCCCAUUAGGUAUCUUUUUUCCUUUUAUAUUUUUCCCCUUUAGCAUAUAGAACAACAAACUUGUGUGCGGUCACAUGACAUAAGCCACACCCCGAACGAGAGAUACACAAAAUAUAUAGUACUCGUAUGCGAGACUAUAAACACACGAGAGAUACACAAAAGGUACAGUGCUCGUACGCGAGACUAAAAACACACAGAGAGAUACACAUAAUGUAUAGCGCAGACGGUUCACGCAGUGGUGAAUGAAAAUAUUCAUUCAAUGUGCGUCGUUCUGCGGUGUAAGUUGGAUUUUUUGUGUGUUCCUAAAUUUAAAAACGAAUAAUCAGUGUUAUAUUUACAAAAUAUUUUUGAUCGAAAGAGAUUAAUAACGGGAAAGAUUUGAUCGCAGCGAUUCAGCUGAACAAAGACGAUAGAAGAAAAAAUAAAAUAAGUUUUUUUUUGAGAAAAUUAAAAGAGAGGAAAGAACGAGAGAUGGAGCCAGUUGAGGAAAAUUAUGGCUACCUUUUCCAGGCGGCUGUUAACGCCAUCGAGAGGAUGGUGUCAUUUUGCCGUUCCGAGAGGUUGGGCGUCUGUCCAAAGGAGGGAGUUGCCGUAAGACUGGAGGCCUUGGGAGAGUCAUGGGCCCAGCUAAAGGCAAUGGAGAGGAGGCUGGUGGCAGCGGACGAUCCGCUUAAAACAGCCGAAGUCGAGAGGAAGGUGGCGGAGGCCGAGGAGUCGUACUUCAACGCCUCAGCCAUCCUUAAGGAGAGGGUCAAGGAAUUGACGCCGAGAGAGGACGUGGACGCGCCGCAGAUCGCCGUACAGGUGUCGAUGCCAUUUUCGCAGCACGAUGUGAAAAACACCUGGGGCGAAUUUGAUGGCGUCAUCACAAAGUGGCAGGGAUUCCGAGACAGAUUCCUAGCGGCCGUCCACGAGAACAAGAACAUCUCGCCUGCGUAUAAGUUCGCGUACUUAAAGGGCUCUUUAACGGGAAAGGCAGCUCGGACGCUGGGAGAGUGGCAGCUCACAGAGAGCAACUACGCUGAGGCAUGGCAGCGCCUCAACGACGUAUAUAGUCGACAAUACGCCACCUGUAGGGAGCUGCUUCGGCAGUUCUUCAGGCUACCAUCGCUGAUGGAGCAUCCGCGAGCUGCUGAGCUGGAAAGAAUGUCAAAUGUAACCCAUGAGACAAUGAGGCAGCUGAAGGCCCAGGGUAUCCCCACGGAAAGCUGGGAUAUGAUUGUGGUCCACAUGCUCCAUGAAAGGAUGGAUGGAGAAACGGCCUGCAAGUGGGAGGAGAGCAGGACUUCAGAGCAGCCAACUGUGCGAGAGAUAUGCGCCUUCCUGGAGAGGAGGGCGACAGCCUUGGAAAGUGCCCAGAGUGUUAGACGAAGGGAAGCGCCGAUGCCGUCAACAUCGGCUCAGGCCCUAGCAAGGGCAUGGAAAGAGGAGAAGGCCAAUAAAGGAGGGAAAAAGAAGCCAUGCCAAGCUUGCGCUUCCAUGGACCUGUCCAGAUUUUUUAGCGUUGAGCCUGGCAGGACGAUACAGAUUCGUCCAAUCGAGAGGGAUCUGUGCCAACUGUCUGAAGACAGGCCACAUGCCAAAGGACUGUUUCCAGGGACCGUGCACUAG